UAUCUAUCUGUAUAUUUAGAACACCUAAACGGAUGAAUGCUUAUGGAUAGUACGUACGACAUGUUCAGCACGCGUCGCUGCCAUACGUGUGCAUAAAAUACGCAGCUUCCUCAUGACGUAACGCAGAAUCUGAGUUUCAAACAAGACUACAGGUGUGAUGGCUGCUGUGCUGGAAAAAUUAAAGGUCCCACCCAAUUAUGACCUAGAGAGAAUAAUUAAAGAAGAUUUUGAUAGACUAAAAGGUCAUUAUUAUCUUGAUCAUGCUGCUGCCACCCUGUACAGUGACAGCCAAAUCCAAGCAGCAUCAGCAGAGCUUCAGCAUUCUUUGCUUGGAAACCCUCACUCACGCAGUUUUGUCAGUGAUGCUGCAACCCGGAUAGUUGAAUCUGUUCGCCAAAGAAUUCUGGAUCACUUUAAUACAACUGCUGAUGAAUAUGAUGUCAUUUUUACAUCAGGAGCUACUCAGGCACUGAAAAUAGUAGCAGAACAUUUCAACUGGCAUGGCUCAGAAGAAACACGUGUUGAAAAUGAAGAUAACAGUACCAGUGAGAAUAACCCAGAACUUACAGUCCACCAAGAAAAUGAUCACAUCAGCAGUAGAACUGUGCAAGAGGAAGCAUUAGGCUGUCACAGAGAAGAUGAAACUCGAGGAGCUUUUGUGUAUGCAAUGGAGAAUCAUACCUCUGUGUUGGGUAUGAGGGGACCUGCUGCUGCUAACGGUGCUGAUAUAUAUUGUCUGCAAACAGAACAGCUCCUCCAAAUGUUAGAGAAGUGCAAGACAUUUCCUUCCAAGACAAAUUUUAACCACACAGAUGCAAGGGAAAAGGAAAAUGAUGUAAGAGCUCCAAAUGGCAACAGAAAGAAAAAGAGGCAUUGUCUCUUUGCUUACAGUGCCCAGUGUAAUUUUUCUGGUGUAAAGUCUCCUUUGGUGUGGAUAGAUAAAGUUCAGAAAGGUGCUUUAGAUGCUGUCUUGAAGCAAGAACCUGUAAACAAGAAUAAUGCUCAUUUGCCAGAAAAUACUGCAGAUGACUGCAGUUGGUAUGUGGUGCUGGAUGCUGCCGGAUUCACUGCUACCUGCUCCUUAGACCUCUCUCAGUGGAAACCAGAUUUUGUACCUGUGUCCUUCUACAAGAUUUUUGGAUACCCAACAGGCCUUGGCUGCUUGUUGGUGCAUCAAAGAGCAUGGACUGUCUUGGGAAAAAGCUACUUUGGAGGUGGCUCAGUGUUGAUGAUAGACUCUCGAAGGAUUGUGGCUGUGCCGCGGCCUGUUCUUCAUGAUAAGUUUGAAGAUGGAACAUUGGCCUUCCUCAGUCUUCCUGCUGUUCGCCAUGGGCUUGAUACCAUUGAAAAACAUACUGGUGGGAUGAAGAACAUCCAGCAACAUGUUUUCAACUUAGCCCGCUACACACAUCACAGUCUCCGAAGUUUCAGGCAUGGGAAUGGAGCCCCUGUUGUUGAGACUUAUCCGAAGGAUGCUAACUGGGAUGUCAGGACUCAGGGAUCCAUUGUAAACUUCAGCAUUUUAAAGUCUGAUGGGUCCUAUAUUGGAUAUUCACAGGUGGAGAAAUUUGCUUCCUUGUACAACAUUCAUUUACGCACUGGGUGUCUGUGUAAUCCUGGAGCCUGCCAGAAAUACUUGAACAUAUCUGAGGAGACACUAAUUCAACAGUUUAAGGCUGGACAUGUAUGUGGAGAUGCACAUGACCUGGUAGAGGGCCUUCCAACUGGGUCUGUGAGGAUAAGCUUUGGCUACAUGAGUUCCUACAGAGAUGCAGACCAGCUACUCCAGAUGGUAAAAGAGUGCUUUGUGGAAGGCAGUCUUAUCAUUGAUAGUUCAUGGAUAGAGGUUCAGCCAUGCCUAGCAGAAAAGGAAAGCUAUCACAUGAGAGGACAGAUAGAACUGGGAAAGAAGGAACUUCUGAAUGGAAAUGAGAAACGUUUUGAUAGCAAUGAAAGUACUGUGAGAACCAAGAAUGGACAUUUGGAUUCAGACAUUACAAACACACCAUUACAAGUGCAAAAUGAAAGAAAUAUGUCAUCUGCACCACCACUUAAACUCACAAAUAUCAUUCUGUACCCAGUUAAAUCUUGCAGUGGUAUAUCUGUAAGAGAAUGGAGUAUAGGAGAAGAGGGACUGAAGUAUGACCGACAGUGGAUGAUUGUAACAAAUUCAGGGACAACUCUAACACAGAAAAGGCUUCCUAUUAUGAGCCUCAUAAAACCAAACAUUGACUUGGUAAAUGGAGUUCUUCAGCUUUCCUUCAAAGGUGAAAGUAUUGCAGUUCCCUUAGAACCUCAGGAAUGCAGCACCAGAGAUGCAUCUCUCUGCCGUGGUGUUGUGUGUGGUGACCGGAUAAGAGGUCAUGACUGUGGACCAGAAGUUGGGGCUUGGCUUUCACGGGUACUUCAGCAGCCUGAUUUGAAGCUCAUGCAGCAGCUGAAUAAGAGAACAGGGAAACUUGACUCUAAGGGCAAUGGUUCUUUAGGCGAGUCUCUUUCCUUUGCAAAUGAAUCACAAUAUCUAGUGAUUCAUAGAGCAAGUGUAAGGAAGCUGCUGAAGGAUAUUUCAGAAAAAGGACUUGCAAACUUAACAGAGGAUGAACUCGUGACACGAUUCCGAGCCAACCUGGUACUGGAUGGAGGGGAGCCUUAUGAGGAGGACUCGUGGGAGGAACUGUUAUUGGACAAGAUAAGAUUUAAGGUUCAAGGUGGCUGUAACAGGUGUCAAAUGGUGGGUGUCAUUCCGGAAACCGGGGAGAGGAUGAAAGAGCCCAUGAUCACAUUGGCAGCUACAAGAGGUUCUUAUAUGAAUUUUGGGAUCCAUGCUGCUGCUAUUUCCUCAGUGUCUAAUAAUGAAACUAUUUCAGUAAGAAGUAGAGUCAGCUGCAUCUAAUGCAGCAGACUUUAAUGUAGAAUUGUGAAUUUUAGAUUAGUUUAAUCAUCUUUUGGAGUUUUAUUGUAUAUAAACAUAUGAUUAUGAAUAUAAUUUUAUAAACAUAAUUUGCAUAAUGAAAGCUAUAUUUGUCUAUGAUUUAUAAGCUAUUUGUGUAGACAUUUAUAAAGUACAUAAUUGCAGUACAUAAGUGUUUUUAUGCAAUUCUUGUCUUGUGUGAAAUAUGAACAUAUUCUUAUGAAUUGUUAAGUAUAAAUUACAUUAUAUAUAUAUAUAUAUAUAUAUAUAUAUAUAUAUAUAUAUAUAUAUUUGUUAAUUGUUUACACUAACACAAUAUAAGUGAUAGUUAAUCUGUGAUACUCUACACUAUGUACCAAAUAUUAUUAAUAACAUAGCUCAUUUUCAAAUUUUGGUAGGUUGCCAGUAAAUACAGAAUUGAUAAUUUAUCUUUACAAUAAAUUACUACUCAUAUGCA